AUGAAAUUUACUCUCCUUACCCAGGCUGCUCUAGCCAUCUCCUCCAUUACUGGAGCUGUGGCUAAUCCUACUCCUGAUAUUUCUAUUGGUUCUGCAAUCGACAAACGGGCAGACUGUUCAUUGACAGUCCAUUAUACCAAAGUCUGGGUUGAGUCCGGUUUGGAUAGAUAUCGAAUGUGGCUUAUCACUGCCCCUCGCAAUGAUAAACAUCUCCAACUUUACUGCGAGGCAGGGUAUCAUGCGCUCUAUCUUACAAACGUCCAAUGCUUCUGGGGGGAUGAUGGGAAAUACUACAUUGAUGCGAGCGUGGCUCGAGGUCCUGCAGGACACAAGACCAUUCAAGACACACAUUCGGCGAUGUGUGACGACUAUGAAAGGCUCACCGGAUGUGGAACAAACAGAGAGUUUUAG